AUUAGCCCUGCAUCUUAUCCGCUCGAGAUUUUAUUCCUUGAUCAUUUGAUCUAAAGAAACAAAUACUACUAAGAACUGACACACUUUCUUUACUUUAUUCUCCUUCAUAGACAAGCUGGAUCUUUGUCUUCGCGUCAUCGUCGGUCACUGUUCAUUAUUGUCAUUAUCUAUUGAACAACAAAACGCAGAACCAAAAGAUCGAUUAUUGAAAGAUAAAUCCAAAGAUAUAAACGCGAAGAAAUAGCCAAAGAGGAAUAAUCAGUUUCUGAAUAUACCGUUCUUGACAGUGUCCCUGAUACCUAGGCUUCUUAAAGACUAGUGUUACACUCAUCUAAGCCAUAACAUCACACAUUACACGAUUUCAUAAGAUAACAGAAACAUAUCUUAUUACCUACACGCGAUAGAUCAAUCGCUCACCAUGUGCAAACAAUCUAUGACCUUCUACGAAUGGUGCCAGUGCCAGGAAGAUAUGGGCAAGACAAACUGUUCUGCGCGCAUUCGAGGACGCUGCCCUGGCAUCAUGACAGAAACGGUUCGAUUGCAAUGCUUUUGUAGCCGACACGCAACCAGCUCUUGGGUUACAGAGAAAAAGGGACGCAAGGAAAUUAUAAAGACGGGGAGAGACAAGAUUGCAAGACGAUGGUGGUCAAUAUGGAAGUCUACAAUGAGGAGGGGACUGUUGGGAUUGCAUUGAUUGCUAUCUUUUCCGGAGUUGGUUCAAUUGUGGAGUUCUAGGUAUUGUGCAAUAUUGGAUUGGAUCUGCGGGAUAGAAUGUUUCAAUGUGAUCAGAUCAUGUUACAGGA